CCAAAGCCCAGCCUGGAGAAGAAAAAAGAUCCAGGUUAGACUCAGUAAGCAAUUUCCCUAAGGCCAGCUCAGAAGGGAGGGGCAGAAAUAGAGAUGGGAGAAUUAGAGGAUAUAAUGGGUCUGGGCAAGAUGUCCCUCUUUGCUUUUUCUAUUCAAGUCUGAUACAUGGCAGUGCCUUUUACAUUCUGAAGUUGUCUAGCCAGUGUGGCCCUGCCAGACUGAGCUGUACAGAGGUGCUCAGUCCUGGAUUUUGGAGCAGUGGAUUUUGAGAGACAGUUUGCUGGAUGAGGGGCAGAUACUGAAACAUAGAGAAACUCGAUCAGCCUCAUCAUUGGCCAAAGUCCAGGAACGGAGCCCAUAGCAGACUAGAGGAGCAUACUGGACUGGCCACAGUGACAAUUUGGAGCUUGUGGACAAGCGAUGGACAGCUAUCCGCUCCAGGGGGACAGCUACUCCUUCCUGCGCAGUGCGCCCCACGCCUUUUCCCUGUGUCGUGACGGCACCCCCAAUCACGUUGAAAUAUUUGACAUCAUCAAUGUCCCUAGUCAGCGCAGUGCCAUUUCCGAGACCACCUGCCUGUGUGAUUUUGGAGACGAGUGUGAGUCGCCCUCCCUCUCAACCACCCCUGCUGUUGGGGCUUUUGUCCCUUCCCAGAGGGAGGUGGAUGGAACAACUGCUGCGUCACCCCUGGUGGAUGAUCUGAACGACUCCUCAGGCUCUUACCACACCGCACAAGGAUCCAGUGAAGGAGAGGAGGGCUUUGAAGAUUCAAGAGAAAGGUUUUACAGCCCCCUUUUGCAGAGCGAGUCUUCAGAGAGGAGGCAGCAGGAGAGUGAAGGACUGAGUGUAGGGCAUCCAGAAGUUUCUGUGGGCAGUACCCCAAACUUAGAACCAAAAAGCAAAUCACUAGUGCCUCAGCUUAGUACAGCUAGCCCAUCAUCUGAAGUCCUUAACAUUGGGGAGAGGACACCCUCUCUUGGACAUAACAGCCCCUAUACCCUCAGUCCAGAGGGAAGAGCGUCAUCCUUAUCUUCUUCCUCAGUUGAAAAUAGAUUGUCACCAUCACCAUUUAAUUCUAGUCAAACUCAUUCAGAAGCUGAACCAAGGGAAACACCUACUUUAAAAGAUAGACACAGAAGCCUCUCACAUCAGUCUUUAAAUCCAAGUCCUGGGCCUAGGGACUGUGUCAGCUCAUCCUCCCCUGAAUCAGUGAACACCCAAUCUGAACCUGAAUUCAGGGCAGCAGUCUCACCUGAGCCAGGGAGCAGCUACUUUAAUCAACACAGUCCCUCACCUGAGCACACUUCCAAAGAUUUUUCUCUAGAUUUGACAGACUCAGCCUUUGAAUCUAGAGCCAUCCUUUCAUCUCCUUUACAUCCAUCCAGUAGUAUAAAGUUAUUAUCCCAGUCAAGAGAAACACUGGUCUCUCCUGUACUGAAGAAUAGGCCCUACUCUCCUCAUACCCCAGCAUCAUCUCCUUUUCCUGAACUACGAAGGACGGUCUCCCUGCAUGAUCUCCUCAGCAGAGGCUCCACACCUGAUAUUGAAGAUUCUGCUCACACCCCUGAGCUGAUUUCAGAUCUUACCACUGCAGAAAGAAACAACACAACCACUCCUGAGAGCCGAGAUUCAAGGUUAUCAGUCGAAUCUGUCAGUACGGUGUCUACUCCUGCCCUACGAUACACACCUCUCUCACCUGUCAUUUCAAUAACAACAUCUCCUGUGCUUGUGGAGAGUAGUGUCUCACCUGAAUUAAGACACACAGCUCCCUCACUGGGCCUGAUCAGUGCUGCUUCUCCAGCUAAGACUGUCUCUCCUGGCCUGUCACAUACUACAAUACAAUCCAAUACAAUAAGACACAUUUCCACACCUUCCGAAAUUAGGACCCAGGUGUCUUCACCUGUGGUAAGUUAUAGUUUAUCUCCAUCACCUGGAGUUACGAGUAACUGCUCUCCCAUAGGGCACAGACAUACUGCCCCCUCCCCUGAAAUAAGGAUUACAGCAUCCAGUAGGAGAGAGCAGUCAUCUGAAGCCGAGACAAUAUCAGCCUCUCCUCUCCUAGAGCCUCAGUUUGACUCUGCCUCAUCAAGAAGCCUCACCUCGUCCCCUCACAUCACAGGUAUUUCUUACUCUGUUGUUCAGCCUGAAGACAGGGACACUCUCCCAUUUCCUGAGCUCUUUCGUCUCUCCACCCCUGAGCCUGAUAGGACACGUGUCUCCCCUGAAGCAAGAAGCCCUACCCCAAGCAGAGACAGUAUACAAAGCAGUAUAGCAGAGUCCACUGAUACACCACAAGACUCACCUCAUAUGUCAGGCUUCACAAGCUCUGCCCUCCAGCCUGAUAUACCUGGAUCGCAUCAACGUAGGUACCAAACACCUUCACCUCUUUCAAAGCAUCGCACUCCCUCACCUGAGCCACGGUAUCAAACCUCUUCAUCUGACAAGAGUCAAAGUCCCUCACUUAGACACCGAAGUAAAGAUCCAUCACCUGUUCCCCCAUCUCCCGAGCAGCAGAGGUAUCAUCAAAAUUCACCAGCAAACCUCUCCACAGAGUACAACUCUCAGUAUACACAGUCUACUCCACCUCUAAGAAAUACACCUGAUGUUGAGGGGGAUUCCUAUUUGGAAAAAGAGAGUGUGUCACCCUCACAUGAAUUAUACAGUGAAGACAAAUCAGUUGUAGCUGAAAUUAAAAACAGAUCACCAGUGAUUGCAGUCCAUUCACCUUUAUACACCUCACCUUUCUUAGCUGUGGAAAAGGUAGACAGUUCACUGACACAACAAAGCACAGAGAGAGAAGCAACACCAAAGGAAGCAAACCUUCAGGAUAACUCAAAUUUAACCUCCUCCUCUGGGGAAAAACAAGCUAUUGGGCCUACCUUUUUUCAGAAAGAAGAUACUUAUAAUAACCCCCCUUUUGAAAUCAAGUCUCCUUCCCCUAAUCUACCAGUCUCUAAGGACAGGAAUCAAAACCUUUCACUUGUCCACAGUACUUCAUCCAACUCACCUGUGCAGAGAUUGGACAACCCACAGCCUCACUUCACUUAUUCCCUAACUUCUGAAAGUAGCAGCUUAUUAAAAUCAGGUUGUACACCUGAGCACGUGAGAAGACAGCUGUCAACCAGUGUUAGACGUGAAAGCAAAGAGAGAUUCACAGAGGACAUGGCCCACCAUGUAAACAGAAGGCGGACUCCCUCUCCGCCACUCACCAGGUUUACACCUGUUCACAUCCUAGCCCCUGAGAAACCAUACAGACAGUGGCAGAACAGAAGCCGCAGCCCCUCUCAGGUUGUAGCAUCCUCACAGAGUGGUAAUUUAAAAACAGUAGUGACAAAUAGGGAAAGCCCCAAUGUUGCCCCCGUUGACAAUAAUAGCCAGAGCCACUGGGUCAGCCUAGGAACGCAACUGGAGAUGGAGAGUGAAAUGCAGCUGGAGGUGGAUAGAGAGCUAGGUAGAGUGAGGCAUAGGGAUAGGGAGAUAGACAGAGAGAGAAAGAGGGAGGAGCGGGUUCUGGAAAAGGGGAAGGGGUGGCAGGGGGAUGCCAGUUACAGAGGGGAACAGGUUGAGCUGUCAUUCAAUGCCAGGAAUAGAAAAGGGCCUGCGAGUCGCAGAACAGCUCCCACAAGCAGAGAGACCCGUCAGGGACUGCCAACAGUGCAUUCCUAUUCAGAGAGCUUGCUUGCCGCCAGACAGCUACAGCAACAACAUAGUCUGCUUAGACUUGCUUCCCAACAAGACACCAGUGGUGGUGUUCCUAGCAGACGGCUUCAACCUCCUGCACCCCGGAACAAGAAAAGUGCUCCUGGACGUGUGGCUGUAAACAGGCCCUGCCGGAGUUCCAGCUCCAGCAUGGGAAGUGAGCUUGAUGAAGCAGAUGAUGAGGUGAAGUGGUUUACAGACUUGGCUUUCCGCAGCCUGUCAAGCCCUGAGGUAGAUUACCUUGAUAUGUACAACUCCAGCCACCGUUCAUCUACCAACAUUUCUCAACCAUCUACCCAGGAGAGCCCAGGUGGGGCCAAUGCCGCCUGGCUGGCCUAUGCUGACUUCAGAGGUUCUGCACCAAAGCUGGACAAUGAUGAACUCUCCUUCCAGCAACCAUCUGCAUACUACUCAGAUGGCCUAGAUUCAUCAAGGCGCCAUGAGAUGGGCAGCUUUGAGUGUGUAGAUGUGGCUGUAGAAAGAGAGGACUUCAGAAAGGUAAGAAGAGGAGUGCCAAAGAGACAGAUCCAGCUGAAGAGAAAGAAUAAUACUGAAGGGAAGCAGGGUGAAAGCAGUGAAAAUAGUAGUCCUGGGGUACCAGGGAUGGUGGAAAGCCCAUCUCUAGACCGUCACUUCAGAGAGACAUUUGUGAGACAACACAGUACACCAGCAACAAUGCAAGAAUGCUACCCUUCUGAGUGCAGCCCUGAGGCCAAUCAACCAAAUAAGAGAAAAUCCAAACUCCAAAAAUCUGCUUCUCUGGAUGAAGCAUGCACUAAAACCAAGAUGGCUACUUGUCUCAUCAAGAGUGUGUUGUCCAAGAAGAUGCAAAGUGUUGAUAAACAACCUGACCAGGCAGGAGAAGAAGUGAGCCCCACGUUUGAAGUAAACAGCCCACCGACAGAGAAUGCAGUGGCAGCACUUAAAGAGUCUGACACGCAUAAUCUGAGCUCCAGUUUUCAAUCAGAUUAUAGUCUUUCUUCUGAAGGUCUUCCUAUGAGAGGAGAACCUAGCACAAAGGAUGAAGCCAAAUCACCAAAAAUCUUUGGAGUGAGAUCUAGUAAUAGGCCAAGUUCAUCCAGCAGCAGCAGAAGUGUUAACUUUUCACAGACUGAGAGUGAAGAGGCUGAUUCUCAAAGCAGGAAUGCAACUUCAUUAAGAUCUGAGAUGAGAUCAGAAUUGAAAGUGCCAUUUGAAAGUAACCAGUUACGAACUGGAGCACAACAAGCAGAUGACAGUAAAGCAUGGGAGGAAAGGGAGGGUGGUAACUCUGCAAAUGCCUCUGCCGGGAAGCCAAGGGCUCCUUCUCCCACUGGAGCCAGCAGCAUGCAGGCCAGGAUGACAAAUAGAGACCAGGAAUGUGAAAACAAAGAGGACCCUAAACAACUGCAACAGGGUGACAAGGGUGCCUAUAUGUCAAGAACACAGGAGAUUUCGCUCAAAGUCAUGGAGAAAAAGAAAGCCUCCCUAAAUGUCCGUCUCACACCUGAAGCAGAAAACAAACCUGAUUCUUCUUCACCAGAUAUGUCUUUCAGAGAAAAGGAGGAAAGUGUAGAGACCGAUGUAGAUGAGAAAGCAGAGAAAGAAGAAGGAAAUGGGAAUAAUCAAGUUAAGGUUCCCAUUCACAAAGUUAGAGAUGUGAGGCGGCUUGUAAAAAAUACAUAUAAUCUGUCCUUCAAGGCAACUGGUGCUGUAAUGCCAUCAAAUGUGAAUGAAGAAAGGAUGGGAAAUUAUAAUGAGGAAGGGAGGGAAGAAAUAAAAGAGGAACGGAGGGAAGAGUUCAUAGCAGGAGAGGUAAGGGAAGAAAUUAGGAGGGAAGAGAUGAGGGAAGAAAGGGAAGAGGAGUUCAGAGUGGAGAGGAAUGAGGAGGUAAAAGAUUCAAAGCUGUUAACUUUAUCUCCACCUCUUCAGAGCGUAGGAAAUCCUCUGUCUCGUCCACAACCAAUGCAAAUAGAAUACAAGGCUGUUUGCUGGAAAGAAAACAAAAAUAAAACAUGCAGCAAGAAAGACUCAGAGAACCCAGGUGACAAAUCCCAGGCUUCUCCGAUGCUUGUAACUGAGUCCUCAAAGGCAAACACACAGAAUUACAGAAUAGAGGACACAGCAAUUGCCAAGACAUGUCAACAUGCUGUAAACAUGGCAACAGAAACACAAGAGAUGAAGACAGAAAUGCAUAAAGUGCCAGGCAAUGAGGACAAACCGGUGGUGGUUAGAUCAGACAGAAAACCUCCGAUGUUAGGAAGCCUCCCCAAACUGCCUAGUAAGGAAAGAGAGGUGUCCACUGCUGUAGUGUUAAUAAGGGAUGGAUCCAGCAAGACUAUGGCAUCUUCAGCCCAAGAAGAGAUUCCCACCCCACUCCAAGCCCCAGCUUCACCUGGGCCCACUACCUCUGGCAGUGGCCACUCAGUUUCUAUGUUAUUAAAGGAGAAAGGCUACCAAGCUGACAUUGGAGCAGUGGUGGGUGACAACCAGAAUGCAGGUGUAGGUAAAGGGGUUCCCUGCAAGCAUGUGAACUGCCUGGAGAUCCCCCUUCAGACCACCACUCCUUCAGAUGGAGGUCGCAUUGAGUCUCAUAGAGAGAGGACAUCCUCCUCUUCAUCCACCACGUCUGGCCCUGCAGUAGUGUCUGACAACACAGACACCAUUACAAAGAACAGAGAAGACAGCAUUAAGCCUUCCGUAAAAGAUACGGCAAAGCCAAAAAGUGCUUCUCCACUAAGGACUCCACUAGAGCAAACACCACCUCCCACCAAACAGAAGGAACUAGGAGAUUUUGAUGCAGUGAAAAGACUUGAUCCUGCUUUUCCCCCAAGGUCCCCAGCAAUAAGGAGAUUCAGACCACAGCCAAUUGAGGUUAAGUCACUGUCUAAAGAAACACAGAAACAAGAGAUGCCCAUAAACUCUAUAGGAAACAACAGGCCUCAAACCAUUGAAGUUAAAUCUAUAGCUAAAAAUUCUCAAAAGCCAGCUGUGCCUCCAAAACCAAGCUGCAAAUUUAAACCUGCAGAUUUAGGAGCAAUGCCAAAUGAAACACAGAGACCAUCAGCAACAACAUUAACUGUAAAACCACAAGGUGAGGAGAGGCCUCAAACAAUUGUUGUGUCCUCACCGACAAUCUAUAGAAAGAUCCCCAGUGAGUCCACAUCCACAUCGAAUUAUACAAGAAAACUAGCUGUGUCUGCAGUAUCCAGCCUCAAACCUCCACCAUGCAAAACAACAGCAACCACAAUCUCCAAUCUCUCAAACCAGUCAACGGCACCACCAGAGACAGAGGUAUCUAAUGAUAAAGGUCAGCAGCAAAAGCCAGGGGCCUUGUCUCAGAUCUCUAGUUAUACGCAAAGACCUACAAACUUAGUUACAACUCCAACAUCAGCCACUGGCCCAGGUUUAACCUCAGCUGCCUCAGCUGGAGCCAACCAGUCAAGCCAGACAGCUGUUAUGGAUCCAGACAGCCAACCACAGUAUACCAGGAUGGCAUACCCUCAUGAACAAGCUAUGCCGGUAACUUCAAACAAUACAAAACCACCCGCUGCCGUUUCCAUAACACAAGUGCCAGGAUACACACAACAGCCUUGCUACAGAUCACUCUCCAGUGAGCGCUCCCAAAGAACAGAUGACCUGCGUUUUUAUGCUUCAGAUGACCCUCCAAGCUACGAUGAAAGAGAGAGCUUCAGCCCACUCAUGCUCCCAGAUCUGACCCACAGGAGGUCAAAUCGCUAUCAACCCUCCUCCCGCCCUCCUCCCUGCUCUUGCACAGCUGGCUACCCUUCCCACCCUGGUCUCACCCCUCCUCACCAUCACCGCAGCCCCCAUAACCUCACUCCCCCUGCCCCUUCGCAUUCUCCUGGACAGGCAUUACCUUACCCAGUGGCUCAGCCUCCUCUUCGUACCCACCAGUGCAGACCUGACCCUCAGCUGAUGAGCUACCAGCCUGGCUCUCCCAAAUCAAGUCCUCUUGGUCAAAGUCAGCCACCGGCCAUGUACCAGCCUCUUCACCAGCCUGCUCCCUGCCCUCCCCACCCCUCACACAUUCAGGCCUGCCCUGCUGACCGCCCAUUGCAGCCACCUCAACAUAUUGACCCUCGACGGCCCCCUGUCCACAGAUCUCCCCAGCAACAGCCACCAGGCAUGACUGGGGCUCCUUACAGCGACACUGGCCACAGCCACUCUCCUGGCCUUCCUCAUAUGGAUCCCCAGUACCUGUGUGGCCCUCAAAGCCUGGGGCCAUCCUAUGGCUCUGAAUACGGGGGUGACAGCUCCAGUUUGUACUCAGAGAGUAGCUUUGGACAGACACCUCGCAGAGUGCUCCUGGAUCCUGAAACAGGGAAGUAUUUUUAUAUCGAGGUGCCUGUACAGCCACUGAGGAAAAUGUUAUUUGAUCCAGAGACUGGUCAAUAUGUGGAAGUGCUCAUCCCACAGCAAGCAAUGUCACAUUCAGGACUCUAUCCUCCUUCAGCGGCCCCUUACCCAUCUCUCCACAAUCCCAACGUGUACGCCCCUGCUCCGCAAUACAUGCCAUAUGCAGCUCCUCCUCCUCCAGCCCACCCCCAGGCUCAGCCCCAGCCACCCCGAUAUCCUGAGGCCUCUGCCACAGCAGCAAUGCACCCAACCGGGCCUGGGGUCAGCUACAGGAAUUCCUCUGGUCAGGGGUCCAAACCAGAGCCCCAGAACCAUCCACAACUAGACCAGAGUUACCUGGAGGGUAUGUAUUAUGUCCCUACAGGGAUGAAUGCAAGCCCCAAUCCCACCCCACCAGACUAUUAUCACAAACACCCCCCCACCCUACCCCCAUCAGGGGGGAAAAGGUCCUGAAAUAGAGGAUAGAGGCCGCCUUCCUGGAGCCUGUUGGGUUUUAAAUACACAGUGUAUAAAGGGGGUGUCUAAUGUUAGCCUGUAAUGUUAUUUGAGUUUUCACAUUUCUUUGGUUGUUGUUUAUUUGCUGCUGCUUGUUCUGUGCUAGGCUGCUUUAUUAAAAUAAGAUAUAUUAUUCUUGAGUUAACAGUUUUGAAAGCACAAGUGAGGAAGCCUUUUUUAUGAGGUGUUCUUAAGAUUAUCACCGAAAUCUAAAAUGAUUUUUGAUAAAGGGUAAGAACAUUAUACUUUAAGUCACCAGUAAUGCACAGGCACUAUAAAUCAAUAGCUUUACUCAUUUACUGAUGUGUGUACUUUAACAACAAAUAUCUCCAAAAACUUGAAAAUACUGUUUAAAAGAACCUCAUAUUUAUUUUAUUAUUGUGUCUCUACAAUUGGAUGAGUGAGUUUGUGCACAUGAUGUCUGGAACAACAAUGUCAAU